GUGGUUUCUGGUAAAGGGAGGCAGAAAAGUAAAUGAUUAAUGUGCUAAUAAAUAAAGCGACCUGAAGGUUUUACACUGUGGUCUGAGUUGAAGAACUACAGAGAAGAUGAGGAUUAUUAUCCUGGUUUUAGCUAUUUGGUCAUGUCAGGCGGCGAAGGAGGUCUGUCUCCGUCCGGAUCUCAAGAAAGGCUUUUUCGUUCCCCACCGAGAUACUUACAAGGACGGCGAUUCUGUUUCAUACGGCUGUGAUUCAGGACUGAAACCUGCCCUGGAAACAUGGUGGGGACAGAUAACAUGCAGUAAUGGCAUAUGGUCACACACCCCUCGAUGUAUCGAGAAAACUUGGUGUAUUCCUCCUCACGUGCCAAAUGCCCAGACUACAGGGGAGUUAGAUCCGUUCUACACUCCUGGUUCCAGACUGUGGUUUAAGUGCAACGUCGCCUACGAGUUUGAAGGAGCAAGUCAAGUCGCAGUGUGCAAAGAUGGAAAAUGGAAUUUGCCGACGUGCAAAAGAAAGCGUUACACUUGUGAUCCCCCUCUCCGUGUUGACAACGGGAUGAUUAAACAACCUUACCAGGAUGCUUUCGAACACGGGCAUCGGCUCGAUUAUGUUUGUGCAAAAGGAUACAAGAUAAGUGGCCAACAAUAUAGUGACUGCAACUCAGGCAGAUGGACCAAUACGAUUAAAUGCGAAAAAAUAACGUGUCGUAAACCACAAGUGCAAUAUACAGAACCUGAGGAGUUAAAAUUCUCCUAUGACAUUGGAGAGACGAUUCGGUUUAGGUGCCGCCCCAGCUACGAGUUCGAAGGCAGUGACACUGCGGAGUGUGUAGAUGGAUCCUGGAGGCUGCCAGUGUGUCGACGUCGAGGUGAAUUGAGGUGUAACCAACCAAGUGUCCAAAACGGCCGUCUUGCAGUAGUUUCAGCAUUUAGCUAUGCUGCAGGAAUUUCGGUACAGUUUGUAUGUGAUGACGGCUAUGAGUUUGAAGGAACACAUUAUGCACAGUGUAAUAAUGGACAAUGGAAGCUGCCUGUGUGUAAACGAGCAGUGACUGGCGGCCGAACUGUUCCUGAGAAUAAAGAUCCGUCUUUAUCUGGCCUUGAUUGUGGACCUCGACCCCUUAUUGAAAAUGGAGACUUCACAGAGCUACCAGGUGGAAAUACAUUACAGGUUCAGUGUAAGUUCUUAUAUAAAAGAGUGGGACCUGAAACGGUAACAUGUGUUUCUGGAGUGUGGUCGCAGCUUCCAGUGUGUAAACCGCCAUGUAAACUGGACAGGACGCGCUUUUCUUCUAAUGUUGAUGUAUAUCUGCCAGAGGGUGAAAAGAAGGAUUUUUACUGUACUUUAAGAAACUACAAUUACUAUUAUACUAUAACCAUCCAGUGCACUAAUGGACAAGCCAUCUAUGGUGCUUGUGGCUAGGCCUGGUGAUCUGUAUCGACGGCUCGAUCGGACAAACCGACACCCGCAGAGCUCCUGCUGAUGAUCAGAAAUAUUCCUUCUCACAAUUAAAGCUUGCUUUUUAACCAAAAUAAAAGCAUAUCACUCGUG